CAUUAUAAAAACCAUUUGGUUCACGUGUGAAAAAAAAACUCUGGGGUGGGGAAGCAGUGACUUGUGGGAUGCGGCAAGAGAGAGACAGAGGAGAGAGUGUCUGACACACAGAGAGAGUGAAACAACAGCGACGAGAGGAGCGGGAAAGAAAAGGAGGAUAGCAAUAAAAUAACCCGUCUUAUUGUUAAUUUAGCUAGCGCGUGACAUUCAGGUUUGCUUAGACAGUGGAAGAAAAAGUUCAGAUCCCACGAAACAGCGCGUGGGAGUGGGAACCAGGAUCGUGACUGACUGAGGCAAGCUCCACUGUCUGUCUCGUCAUGGCAGGACCUGGAGGUGACAUGCAGUGGUGCUUCUCUCAGGUGAAAGGAGCCAUUGAUGAUGACGUAGCUGAAGCGGACAUCAUAUCCACAGUUGAAUUUAACCACACAGGGGAGCUGCUAGCUACUGGAGACAAGGGUGGACGAGUAGUUAUUUUCCAACAGGAAAUCGAGAAUAAGAAUCUGCCUCAGUUCCGGAGUGAAUACAAUGUUUACAGCACUUUCCAGAGCCAUGAGCCAGAGUUUGACUACUUGAAGAGUUUGGAAAUAGAAGAGAAGAUCAACAAGAUUCGCUGGCUUCCCCAGAAGAAUGCUGCUCAGUUCUUGUUGUCAACUAACGAUAAGACAAUCAAGUUGUGGAAAAUCAGUGAACGAGACAAGAGGCCAGAGGGUUAUAAUCUCAAAGAGGAGGAUGGACGCUACAAAGAUCCCAACACUAUCACGUCACUGCGGGUACCAGUUUUAAUACCCAUGGACCUCAUGGUGGAAGCCAGUCCACGGAGGGUGUUUGCCAACGCUCACACCUACCAUAUCAACUCUAUCUCAGUCAACAGUGACGACGAGACUUACCUGUCUGCAGACGACCUCCGCAUCAACCUCUGGCACCUCGAGAUCACCGACCGCAGCUUCAAUAUUGUUGACAUUAAACCGGCCAACAUGGAGGAGCUAACGGAGGUGAUCACAGCAGCCGAGUUCCAUCCUCAUCAGUGUAACACCUUUGUUUACAGCAGCAGCAAAGGAACCCUCCGUCUGUGUGACAUGAGGGCGUCAGCACUGUGUGACAAGCACUCCAAAUUGUUCGAGGAGCCAGAAGACCCCAGUAAUCGCUCCUUCUUCUCUGAGAUCAUAUCCUCAAUCUCAGAUGUCAAGUUUAGCCACAAUGGACGCUACAUGAUGACCAGAGACUACUUGUCUGUUAAGAUUUGGGAUCUGAACAUGGAGAACAGGCCUGUGGAGACCUAUCAGGUUCAUGAAUACCUGAGGAGCAAGCUGUGCUCGCUGUACGAGAACGACUGCAUCUUUGAUAAAUUUGAAUGCUGCUGGAAUGGCAAUGACAGUGUGGUGAUGACUGGCUCAUACAACAACUUCUUCCGGAUGUUCGACCGUGGCCAAAGGCGGGAUGUAACCUUGGAGGCCUCCCGUGAGAACAGCAAGCCCAUGCAGGUCCUCAAGCCUCGCAAAGUGUGCGCAGGCGGCAAGCGCAAGAAGGAUGAAAUCAGCGUGGACAGUUUGGACUUCAACAAGAAGAUCCUUCACACUGCCUGGCAUCCCCAGGACAACAUCAUCGCCGUGGCAACGACCAACAAUCUCUACAUAUUCCAAGAUAAAGUGAACUAACACCGGGGUGGGCUCAUGUGAGAUCUGGCGUAGGUGACAUCACGCACCUGCAGCCUCACUCGGAGUGAUCUGCGGUAACGCCGUCAACCAGCAUCCCUGUCCGUCGCUACUGGGUGACCAGACUUUGCCACUUUGUUCUAGAUGUGGACAGAGGAAGCCUCGCUUUUGCCCAUCAUCAGCCUGUCUGUGGCAGAGUAACACCUGCCUUGUAGUUUAAGUGAUGUGCCAAUUUUUUUUUUUCUCUCCC